AGCGGUGUUUUUUGAGGAUGGCCCAAUGGGGGAUUUUUGCGCUCCUUGUGCAGCGCUGCUGCUCGAGGAACCACUCCGAAAGCAGUAAACGAGCUUCAGCUUUUCUUAUGGGAGAUUUCGUAGUUGGAGGGUUGUUUCCUUUGCAUCAUCAGCCCGUAUCUAUGAGGAACUCCCUUGCUAGUCUAGAUAUAAAGUGUGGAGAGAUUAGGGAACUGUACGGUAUCCAGAGAGUGGAGGCGAUGUUUCAGACCUUGGAUGAGAUUAACGGUAAUCCAGAUUUGCUCCCAGAUGUUGCUCUGGGGGCGGAAAUUCGAGACGAGUGCUGGUACGCGCCGGUGGCCCUCCAGCAGAGCAUUGAGCUGAUCCGGGACUCAAUAAGGCCGGUUUCUAGACCGGAAACGUGCCUCGGAAGCGAGCAAGAAGAGGUGGAAGAAGGCAAAGCCAAGGGGCCUUUAGUGGGCAUCAUCGGGCCUGGAUCCAGCUCUGUGGCCCUGCAGGUGCAGAACCUGCUCCAGCUCUUUCAUAUUCCGCAGAUCGGGUACUCGACCACCUCUCGAGACCUAUCGGACAAGAACCGCUUCAACUACUUUCUUCGGGUGGUGCCUUCGGAUUACUAUCAAGCGCAAGUUAUUCUGGAUAUUGUGCGCUUUUUCGGCUGGUCGUAUGUUUCGGCAGUGAACACCGAUGAAAACUAUGGGCAAUCGGGAAUACAGGCGUUUAGGGAGUUGGCCGACGAAGCGGAUGUGUGCAUAGCGCGCGAAGACUCAGUUCUGAGCAACGCUGCUGAUGAGGUCUUCGACAAAGUGAUCCUCAACCUCAGGCAGGAUCUGAACGCUGUAGUGGUGGUGUGUUUCUGUGAAGGACUCACCGUUCGCGGCCUCUUAAGGGCCAUUGAACGACUGAAUUUGACAAACUAUUUCCUGUUCAUUGGCAGUGAUGGUUGGGCGGAUAGAAGCGACGUGACACGCCACUACGAAGCACAAGCCUGGGGCGGAUUAUCCAUAAGAAUCCACUCGCCUUAUGUGAAUUCUUUUGAUGAAUACUACUGGUCCUUGCAGCCGGACAAAAACACCCGAAAUCCCUGGUUUCCAGAGUUCUGGGAGGCAAAGUUCCAAUGCGCCAUCAAAGAGCGGUAUUCUGGCCCCCCUGAGGCUCACAAACCUUACUGCACAGGACAGGAAUCGCUUCAAACCAACUACAAACAGGACCCAAAGCUGAGCUUCGUGAUCAAGGCGAUUUACUCUUUGGCUCAUGCUUUGCACAGCAUGAUUCAGGCGGUGUGUGGCGUCAGUUCGGGAUUCUGCCCUCAAAUGCUUCCAUUCAACGGUUCUUUGCUGAAGAGCCACCUGAUGAAUGUUUCAUUCGACUUCAACGGCGAAACAUUCCAGUUUGACGAAAACGGCGACCCUCCAGGGCGUUACGAUAUUAUGAACUACCAAAAAAUGCCCGACGGUAGUUUUGAGUAUGUCCAGGUAGGGAGCUGGAACAACCGCAGUUUGCUCUGGAUGCAGCCCCCAAAGUUUCCAGAAAUCCGCUCCAGGAAACUGGUGAGGAGCGUUUGUGCGGAAGAGUGUCCCAAUGGCUUCUACAAGAAUAUCCAGCAGGGGGGCAAAGACAAGCGCUGCUGGGUGUGUGUGCCCUGUCCCCUAGAGGAGAUCCUCUCAGUGGCUGGGGAUAAAUGCGAAAAGUGCCCUCAAGGAUUUGCGGCAACUUCCAACCGAACUGCCUGCCAGCUCCUGCAGGUGGAAUUUGUGCAGUGGACGGAUCGAUCUGCGGUGGUUGCUAUGGUGUUCUCCAUCCUCGGACUGUUAACUACGGCCUUCGCCUUCAUCGUCCUCAUCCAGCACAACAACACGCCAGUAGUGAAAUCCUCCUCCAAAGAGCUCUGCUACUUGAUUCUAGCUGGCAUGACUGUGGCGCAUGCCUCCAUCUUUGCCAUGCUCUCCAAGCCGUCCCCAUCGAGCUGUGCUUCCACUCGGCUUCUCCCCGGAGUGGCCUUUGCGAUGAUUUACUCCGCCCUGCUCACCAAGACCAAUAGAAUAGCGCGGAUCCUGGCCGGGAGCAAGCGCAACUUUCCCAAUAGGAAGCUGCUCUUCAUGUCCGCCACUGCUCAAGUGAUGAUUGCGCUCAGCCUGAUCUCCCUAGAGGCUCUGGCUAAUGGAGCCAUGCUCUAUCUGCAACCCCCUGCCAUAGCCUUCGUUUAUUUGCCCAACAAGACCUUGAUGGAGUGCGAUAUUUCGUUUGAGGCCAUUGUGGUUCCUUUGGCUUUUGACUUUGUGCUCAUUCUCCUCUGCACGGUCUACGCGAUCAAGAGCAGGAAUGUUCCGGAGAAUUUCAGCGAGGCCAAGUUUAUCGGGUUUGCCAUGUACACUACUUGCGUUAUCUGGAUUGCCUUUGUGCCCAUUUAUUUUGGAAGUGGGGCCAAGACCAUCACCAUGUGCAUGUGCGUCACUCUAAGUGCCCUGGUCACGUGGGUGUUCCUGUUUGUGCCCAAACUGUACAUCAUCCUCCUGCAGCCGGAGAAGAACAACCGGGCCUUUUUUACAACGGCCAAAAUCCGAUGCCACAUUGGCCGGAAAGUGGCUGCAAGCAACAGCUGGAAGGAGAGUAGCAUUUCGGUGACUACUAUUGAUCCAGAAAGACCCAGCAGGGAGGUGCCAAGGAGAACAAUGUCCUGUCAAACUGGGCUGGACUUGCUGGAGACCCUGCUCCAUCCCAAGCGAUUGGUUGGGGAACUGGGAGCGAAAAUCGUGGAGAAACGUUGCUGCCCGGACCCGGAUUGCCCAAUGAAACACAUCACGAUCACGUUGCCGGACAAUCGUUUUUAGGUCCCCGAUUGGGGCG